AUGGCAAGUUUUCAAUCCCCGCCAAAACCAAAUAUGUUCUUGUCAAGAUGGAAGUUCCCAGAAAAAGAACCUAAAACUCCAGCGCAGGUCUUUGAAAGUCCGCAUGGUUAUUUAUCGCUUACUGGGCUACUAUCUACACCUCCUCAAUGCCCUUGUUACUCUUCCAACUCAACUCCUCCAAGCUCUCCCUUGUCGUCCAGAGCGACAAGCAUGGUCUCAGAGACGGAUCCUGAGGACAGCUUUCCUUUGACCCCUGAUUCCAAGUCUUCAGGCGGCGCAUAUUACCAUCUUACUGGCACACCUUCAAAGACCAAAUCGCGGUCUUCGAGUCGUGCAAAACAUCGCAGCGAUGGUCAUUCUUUUCACCCCUACCGCCAGCCACCCUGCUUCCAAGACAUUCAUACUUUUGAUAACCUACUGGGCAGACCUGCUAGUGACAAUCGAUUAGAAGCUCCCGACAGCAAGACAGAUGAUGUAUUUCUAAGGCAUAUGGAUGGGCUUAGCCCUACAUCUUGCCGCUAUGUCGUUCGUUACAAGGAAGCAGUUCAUGAGCGCCAACGUAUGCGUCUCUUCAUGACAUACUGGGAACUGGAGGAAACGAACAGGCUGCGCACUCUCCUUACGUCUUUAUAUGCCGAAACAAACGCGGAGUUCCAGAGAGCAGAGCAAGAUGCUCAAGCGUUAUUGAAGACACUUGUUACCAAGCAGUCGCUGACUUGUGUUGUGGAUGAUGCUCAAUAUCUCGAUGCAACCCGCCAAUCUAACAAGACAUCUCUUCGAGAGACUGAUGCUCAACUUGAUCUUAUGAGAGAUCAUAUCAUGCAGAGGCUGCUGGUCAAGUCGUUCGCUGAAGACUCGGACAGUCCAUCACAUUGUAUUGGAGACAGCCCCAGUGCUGCUGAUGAUUAG